CUGGGCCCCACAGCCCAGCAGGAUUAUUCAAAUCAGCCAACAUGGGCCCCUAGCUAACCCCACCCUGCAUACUAUAUAUAAGAUGUCACCUACUCCUCCACAUUGCUGUACCCAUCCUCAGGAGGGAUCCAUUGUGUGACCUGACCAUCCUUCUCUGGAGCUAACAUGAUUUGGAGGCUUUGAAAGAAGGUCUUAGCCAAAUUCUGACACAUCCCAGUCAGCUUCGUUUGCCUCUCUGGAGAGUGUUGUGCAGCUUCCCACUGCUCAACAGUGCGUGAGCGAGUGAGCAGGAAACCAAAACUAAAUAGGAGAUCAUGGCAAGUGCAGACUGGGGAUAUGAUGGCAAAAAUGGUCCUGACCAAUGGAGCAAGCUGUAUCCCAUUGCCAAUGGAAACAACCAGUCUCCUAUUGAUAUUAAAACCAGUGAGGCUAAACAUGACAACUCUCUGAAACCUAUCAGUGUCUCCUAUAAUCCUGCAACUGCCAAAGAAAUUGUUAACGUGGGACAUUCCUUCCAUGUAGUUUUUGAUGACAGUGGUAACCAAUCUGUUCUGAAAGGUGGCCCUCUCUCUGGUGACUAUCGGCUCACCCAGUUCCAUUUUCACUGGGGCAACUCAAACGACCAUGGAUCCGAGCACACCGUAGAUGGAGUCAAAUAUUCUGGAGAGCUUCACAUAGUUCACUGGAAUGCUGCAAAGUACUCCAGUGUUGCCGAAGCAGUCUCAAAGGCUGAUGGGAUGGCAAUCAUUGGUGCUUUUCUGAAGGUUGGUCCAGCCAACCCAAACCUGCAGAAAGUACUCGAUGCCCUAAACUCAGUUAAAACUAAGGGAAAACGAGCUCCAUUCACAAAUUUUGACCCAUCCACUCUCCUUCCUUCAUCCCGGGACUACUGGACUUAUUUUGGCUCUCUGACUCACCCUCCUCUUCAUGAAAGUGUGACCUGGUUCAUCCUUAAGGAGAGCAUCACUGUCAGCCCUGAGCAGCUGCAACAACUCCGCAGUAUCCUGUCAAGUGCAGAUGGAGAGGCGGCUGUUCCUAUUCUGAGCAACCACCGUCCAACCCAGCCCCUGAAGGGCAGAACAGUGACAGCUUCAUUUUGAGACCCAGCAAGGAGUGAGUUCAAGAUCAAGACCAGGCCCCUCUUCAGCUAUGACCCAGUAAAGUAAUCACUUUCAAGAAACAAAAUUAUUUCAGUGCUAGCAAUACAGCAUACCUGCAAGUUUAAUCCAUAGAACUAAAAUCCAUUUAUUUUGAUUCUUUAUGCUUAAUGCAAAUUAAUUCAUAAGCUUGCCAUUUGCAAUCUUUGAGUAUGUACCUGUGCUUAAAUCCACCUUCUUUUUGUGGAAUGCUUCAUAGUAUAAUUACAUUAAGAGAUUCGUUACCUUGCCAAUCUCUCCAUUUUACUUGAACCAAUAAAAUGGCUUUAUCUCUU